AUGAUCGACCUGAGCUUCCUGACCGAGGAGGAGCAGGAGGUCAUCUUGGGGGUCCUAAAGAGAGAUGCAGAUCUGAAGAGAGCCGAGGAGCAGCGCGUCCAGAAGCUGCAGCAGAUCAUCUGUGACAGAGCGCGGCUCAAGUACCUGACCGGAGAAUGGUUUUACGAGACCAAGCAGCUCCGGCAUCAGGAGCGAAUCCACGGCUCGGACAUCAUCUGGGCCUCCAUGAAACACACGCACAAACCCAUGACUAUCUUGGAACUCUCACAGAUCGUCCCCAACAGACCCAGUUUUGUGAGCGGUGAGAAUAAGGAAGUGUUUGUGCCGGCAGUUUUGUGUGGACUAUUACAGGAGCCAACCCCGGGGCCCUGCAACACCUGGAAAGAUGAUCCAAACCCAUAUGAAACCGGGCCCAUCAAGCCAAUGUCACCCACAAAGAGAAAAAAUCCCUUUAACAACCAGGCAGUGGAGGAUGUUUUUACAGAGCUCAGAGAUCGGCCAACGCUACCACAGCUGCCCUCAGAAAACAAUGAACAUAUUUCGGAUCAUGUCAAUCCCUAUGGCCCUUUCCAAAAUCAGGACCCAAGCAGUCCACUUUUUCUCAUUUCACAAAAGUCUGCUCUGAAACCGGUCCCUGAAGAAAACAAUGAGGAAAUGGAAGACGCAGUGGACACCUCGAACUGCGUCGUUUCACGAGGAAUCCUUAAGUUCUUGGCAAAUACAGCAAUGUUGGAAGCACAGGGGACAGUCAGAGCUGAGUCCCCCGUAGAUUCAUGGGCAGACCAGAAGCCAGUGAGGGUCAGUUCUGCGCUGAGUGAGAGCGGUGGCAGGAUACAAGAUGGAAAGGAGUUGGGAGAACACAGUUUGUUGGAUGUGGACACGCCAACGGAAUGGACAGUGUCUGGACAGGACAGCACACAUGCAAAAGACAAAGCAAGAGAGCCCGAAUGCAAGUCGACCAACUGGAAGGUCGCAGUGCAAGAGGGCAGCCAGGAGACCAAUGAUGGGCCUGAGUGGUGUGAGGCCCAAAGCCCAAAGCCCCCUGCCCCAUCAGCCACACUCGAGACCGGUGACCCUGCCUGUGUGGAAUCAGAGGACGGCCACGUUCCUCCACCAUCUGAUAAGCAAAUAACCAGCGAGAGCUCGAAGAAAAACUUGAGCACUGGGAUUUGUGAGCCAGACCGUGGAGAGAUCACCAUCGCAAGAUCGGUGAUACCCCAAGAUUACCAACACUACCUGGGGCCGCGUGAACAAGCUCAUCUGCCGCCUUUUGAGGAAGCGAGUGCGGUGGAUGUGCUCCGAAGACCGCAAAGCCCCAUGGGAGAGUUUGUGGAGAACCAGAACAAGGAUCCAAGAGUCAGCUCCUGGAUCGAGCAGAUCAGGGAGAGCGGUGACGACACCAGGGCAUGGUCUCUGUCUCGGGCAAGUGCAGGCAGUUAUGAGGAAGGGUCUGGCCCCGUCAUGUCUGCUUUGAAACGCUUAUCGACAAAGAUGUCCUCGUCCAAAAGUCUGGAAAACCUCACCUCUCCGACAAGGGAAGAAAAAGAACAAUUGAACAAAAGUGUGGAUGAUGUUUCAGAAUUUCCUUCCACAACAUUUUCCACAACAAAGAAAUCUAGUGUAUCUGUGCCUGCCUUUCAGCUGGAUGAGACCGACAGCGACAGUCCACUUGAGAACAAUCUAAGCUACAGACGUAACACAGGCAGCUCAGCGUCCAACAUAAGCCUUUCCUCCGGCAUGGCUUCUAUGUCCUCUGUAGGUGGAAGCAUGACCAGCAUCUACCACAAUGACCUGGGUGAUGUAGACGUGCAGGGAACCAUUCAGUUUGCAGUCAAUUACAUUCAGAAGCUGGGCGAGUUUCACAUAUUUGUGGUCCACUGCAGAGACCUGGCUGUGGGGGAUUCCAAGAAAAGCCGCUCUGAUCCAUAUGUCAAAUGUUACCUCGUACCUGAUAAAACCAAAUUGGGUAAGCGUAAAACGAGCAUCAAGAAGAAGACGGUGAAUCCAACCUACAAUGAAAUCCUUCGGUUUAAAAUUUUGCUGGAAGUGUUGAAAUUUCAGCAUUUGAAUGUGUCUGUUUGGCACAAUGACACUUUUGGGCGCAACAGUUUUCUAGGCGAAGUGGAUUUGGAUUUGUCACAGUGGGACUUCAGUAAUGCACAAAUCAGUGAAUAUUCUUUGAAGGCCAGGGCCUCCUCAGCUGCUCUUACAUCCACACCCUCUCCCACACGCACCACAGACAGCAGCAGAGGACAGAUGAGGGUUGCUGUGAGAUUCCUGCCUCAGACAUCCCCAAGUAAAAGAACAUCCAGGAAUGAAACUGGAGAAGUGCAGAUUUGGGUUAAAGACUGCAAGAACCUUCCACCAAUCAGAGGAGUCAUCAUUGACCCUUUUGUGAAAUGCACCGUUCUCCCAGACACCAGCAGAAAGAGCCGACAGAAGACUCGUGUGGUGAAGAGGACCGCAAACCCCAUGUUCAAUCACACCAUGGUCUACGACGGCUUCAGGUCUGAGGACUUGAAGGAGGCCUGUGUGGAGCUCACAGUUUGGGACCAUGACCGGCUCAACAACCAUUACAUUGGAGGGGUCAGACUGGGACUGGGAACAGGGAAGAGUUAUGGAGUGGAUGUGAACUGGAUGGACUCCACCACGAGUGAGGCCAGUUUGUGGCAGAGGAUGCUGGACUCUGCUGGGGAAUGGCUGGAGGAUGUCUUACCCCUCAGGAUGUUGCUGAUGGCCAAAAGCAUGUCCAAUUGA